GUUUGGGUUGGACCUAGAAUUAGGCCCAGGGCCGGCCCAAGCACUAAGCAAUUUAAAGAUUCGGGACCGAAUAUCGGCCCAAAUGCAUUCUCCCCUCGCAAGCCCAGCUACACAAAUUUAUUUAGAAAGUAGAGAUUUAAAAGUUAGCGGUUGGUGUACCUUCACCUGUUCAUAAUUCAUAGACGAAGACUGAAGUAGAAGAACAAACGAGAAAUGGAAGAACAUAGAAGAAAAUCUUCGAUUAGAUUCUUCGCGGAUCAAGAUCUCUGCUACGCUGAUAUCCUUGCUCCGUAUGAGGUUCGAGCGAGAAUACAAGUCGCAGUCCUCAAUUUCCUUAAGAUUCUCAACUCUCCAGAUCCUGCAAUCUCCGAUUUACCUCUGGUGAGUAGAAAUUCGAGAAACAGACGAGUGAGUCACGGAUUGUUGACCGAUUUGUCGUGGAUUUUUCUCUCUCACUCCUGCAGUACAAGGUCCUUGAUGAGAGCCAAUGCUGCUAAAGCGUUUGUUAGAGUUUGGAAGGUUAUGGAAAUGUGCCUGCAGAUUCUGGUCCAAGAAAAGCGAGUAACUCAGAGAGAGCUCUUUUACAAGCUCCUUUGUGAAUCACCAGAUUAUUUCUCAUCUCAGUUGCAGGUCAAUCGGACAAUCCAAGAUGUUGUGGCUUUGCUUCGGUGCAGCCGUUAUAGUCUUGGAAUCAUGGCAUCUAGCAGAGGAAUUGUUUGUGGCCGCUUGUUACUCCAGGAGCCUAACCAAGAGGUUGUUGAUUGUUCUGCUUGUGGAUCAUCGGGGUAUGCAAUAUCUGGCGACCUAAAUUUGCUAGAGAAAUUGAUCAUGAGGUCAGAUGCUCGAUAUAUAAUUGUGGUUGAAAAGCAUGCAAUAUUCCAGAGAUUGGCGGAGGAUCGUGUUUUCAAUCAAAUUCCCAGCAUUCUGCUUACUGCUAAAGGUUAUUCAGAUUUAGCGACAAGGUUUCUUCUGCACCGGAUUAGCAGAGCUUUCCCUGACUUGCCAAUUUUAGCAUUGGUUGACUGGAAUCCAGCUGGAUUAGCUGUAGUAUGCACCUUCAAGUUUGGAAGCAUGGGGAUGGGCCUAGAGACACACAGAUAUGCCUGCAAUGUGAAGUGGUUGGGGCUUAGAGGAGAUGACCUACACCUGAUACCGGAACAAUCUUUGGUUCCAUUGAAUUCUCAGGAUCUGCGGAUUGUCAAAAGCUUGAUCUCCUCCGACACAUUGCAGGAGAAUUACAGAGAGGAGCUGGAAUUGAUGGUCCGGAGUGGUUAUAGGGCAGAAAUCGAAGCGCUGUAUUUCCAUGGGUUUGAUUAUUUGGGAAAGUACAUAGCAACGAAAAUUGUACAAGCAAGUUACAUAUAACAUUAGUUUGACCACGAUAUAAUAGACUUUGAUGUCAUAGGUGAACAGAUACGCUACUUAUCACCAAAAGGGAAGCAUACAGAAAACUAGGGACAAAAUUACAUUAACUCGUUUGAGAGCUUCCAAUAA